UACUCAACGUUGGCAAGCGUGGUUGUCUGGAUGCCAAUCACCAGGUCAAUGUCGGUCAAUUCAAAACGAGAAGAAUUUGAGAAAGAAAGUCUGCAAGUCGGACACGGUUAUUUUUCAGCGAUGAGCUCUAAGGCUAGUAUAGCCUCCAAGUUUUGUUGGGGGAAAUCGGGGUCCGAAGCUGCUCUACUGUUGGCACAGCUUAAAGAGAGACAACUUAAAGAGGAAAUCGAGCUUGAGUCAGAUGCAAUGAAAACUAACCAUAUAAAACAACUCCUAAAGGCUAAAGCCGAGGUAGAGUUGGCUGAGCUGGAAGCUUCGUUGGCUGGAAGCGAAGACGGCUUAGAGCAGUGCAACCAGACAGGUUUUUUAAAGUCCUCAAAUAGUCGCCUCAAAAGCUAUGUUGAUGACUGCAGAAAGAUGGUAACGCCAUUGAACUCUGAAAAUCGACAUAGUCUCGGAGUAGGAAAACCAAAGCAUAAUGCAUUAGGUGACUUCCGUCAUCUGGAAUCCAUUAUAGAGGGCCUGGAGUUGCCUAAAAUCGGCCUCAUGCAGUUUGAUGGUCAACCCAGGAGCUAUUGGAGGUUUAUGCGUCAAUUCCAGCUUUACGUCGAAUGCAAGACCCAAGACAAGGAGGCUAUCGAAGAUUGCCUCAUGCCUCAGCCUGCGGAAGGAUACGAACGAGCCCGCCGCAUUCUGAACAAGUCUUUCGGAAGGUCUCGUGUGGUUGCUAGAGCCCUGAUAGAUGAUAUGAUUAAAUGUUUUCGUUCUACCUCGUGUAAGGCAAGAGGUCUGACUCAGUUGGCCUUCAAGAUGCAGAGUUGCAAAAUAGCUCUGACUCAGAUGAACUACAGUGCAGAACUGAGUUUCCUGGAGAAUUUGGAUAGGUUAGUGAGGUGCUUGCCCAAUACUUUACAACACAAGUGGGCGGAAUUCGUUUACCAAACCACUCAUGAUCGGGGAGAGCCAACCUUCGCCGACCUCACACAGUUCCUUACUCAAAGGACGAGAGUGCUAAUCAGUCGUUACGGCCUUCUGGCAGAAUCCGUUACGCAGAAGGACCAAGGUGUACGUGGCCAAGCUGUUACAGAUGUAGGCAAGAGCAGAACCGCUUGGAGUCAUGCGAUCGUUUGCUCAGAUCAGGCCCCACUGUUGAGCGAGAUCAGUUGUAAGGUUUGUGGUGGUGAACACCGUAUCAGCAACUGUGAGCGCUUUCUGUCCUUCGAGCCAGUGGAAAGAUGGUCCACCUUAAGGUCUCUCAAUGCCUGUUUUCGGUGUCUUGAAGGCGGCCACAAAGCGAAGGACUGCCAACUGCAAUAUCGAUGUGGGGCGGAUGGAUGCCGAGCCAAACACCACGCUCUGCUACAUUCGAAACCACUAGAUAAAAAAGCAGAGUUAGUUCCUGUAGUCAAAAGCAAUGCAAUGACUGACCGCAGGACGGCUGUUUCCCUAGGACUACUUCCAGUUCGUCUGAGAGGUCCUUCGGCAGAACUGAUCACGUAUGCCUUCUUAGACAGUGGGUCCGAUACAACUAUCGUAUGUCAUAACUUGCUGCACCAACUCGGCAUAGAGAGUCAUCGAACGCCGCGUGAAAUACAGACAAUCAGUGGAUCUUGUUUAGCAGUUGGAGAAUCUGGAAGUUUCGAGGUGUGUCCACUUCACGGUGAUGAGGUUGUUUUAGUGAAAGGUGCUUCAGUAGUAUCUGAAAUCCUCCCAUCAUUAGUCGUGGAUUCACGCUCGGAAAUCGCAAGUCGCUGGGGUCACCUGAAAGAAUUGCCCUUUGAGGAUAUUCCUUCUAAAUCGGUUGGUAUAUUGAUUGGCUGUGACGUUCCAGAAGCUCACUGGGUGCUAAAUCAGCGUUUGGGAGGUCGAAAAGAGCCAUUUGCCGUGAAGACACCGCUGGGUUGGGUUAUUCUUGGGCCAGUGGGUCCAGGUAAUCGUGUGGGAGUCGCCGCCAGCUGCCUGUCGUCAGCUGAGCUGAAAGCGGGCCCAGCAACUAUUAACGUUAUUUCUACUCGAAGUGUUUCCGAGCGUUUGUUUGCCCGAUGGUCUAGCUGGUGUCUCAAGUUUGCAAACGCGGCCCGAGCCUUGCAGAUUCGUGCAUUCACCUCAUCUGUCACACUACAGUCAGAAUUAAUACAACUUCCAAGAUACAUGAAACGCUCCACAACUUCCAGCCUUUUUCCCUGGAUCGCAAGUGGCUCUCGAGUCAGUGUCUCCCGAGCCACCGUUCGUACCAAAAUGGAAAGUUCAUCCGGAGGUCACUCUUUCAUUGCCGCCAAGCUUUUGCGGGAUCCGGAGAUAAACCCCGCCUAUCGCAUGCAGCUCUAUCGGAUCGAUGGAGUUGUGGAGGGAGUAAGUACUAACUUCCACACUGAAACUCGCACUCAGCAAACCCUUCCUGACUUGGAGCCGGUAGUUGAUCCAAGACCUUCUUUCCAUUUUCGAGGGCUAUGCAAACGCCAGGCUGCUGAUCUACCUAUUCCUAGCUUCAAAAUUGAUGAAUAUUAUGUGGGUGAGAAGCCAGAAAAGGAAGUUACCUUCUCAAAUUUGAAUGAUAACAUAAGCUAUAAAAAUCUGGAAGACAUGUGUAAACCUUUUGGUAUGAUUGAGGAGGCAAAAGUUUACUACCAUCCCUUGACACAACGUCAUCUGGGCGUCGGCACGGUGGUGUUCAGGUCGUCGAGAAGUGCUAAAGUAUGCGCCAGCACCCUGAACCACACGUCUAAGAUGGGCAAUAUUAUGGAGGUCAGAGUUGAUUUUCUUGGUGGGGCCAAAUUAUUGGGGGAACUAAUGGCGGAUAUGUUACCUAGGAAUGGUUCCGUUGACCAGUUGCCUGACGCCGAAUGUGCAGUUGCUCGGAGUCGCCUACUUUCAGGUCACCCUUCUUUCGGCCAUCAUCCAAAUACUGUGCAAAGUAAGCAUGUUUCGCACGGUUCCAUGUUCACAACGGAAUCAACUGCUCCGGGCCCCGGUAGGCUACGAACCCAGAGGACGCCAUCACGCGACCUACCGCCAUCCCAUUGUAUGACAACUUUCAAUUCACAUUUGUUCAGUCGAGCAUCAGCGAACCGUUCUGAUAACAGUGGUUCAUUGGACCAUUUACCACCUGCUGGUGAAAUUCGGGUCGUGACCGAUUUAAAACCGAAUGACGAAGAAUCAGUGCGACACCUUCAACCAAGGAAUAGACCCCUUGGGUCUUCAUCCACUUUUCCAACCGAACGUGGCUUACACAUAUCUGAUUCCAUCCCAGAAGCCAUUGAUCCUGGGAGUGCUCAUCCUACCAACACGGACAAGGUGAACAAAACCCGGGGUAAUCAACCUCCGUGUGAAGAAUCUCUUGAAUCUCGCAUUCAGAAGUUACUCCAGUUGAAUGCUCUAUCAGGGACAUCCGCUGCACCUAGCCCACCCCCUCCUCCCGAUGUACACAGCAGCACUACUACUAUCACUGUAACCUCUUCUGUAAGCAACUCUUCAUGUAAACCCGCUACCACGACUGCUUCGGUGUGUUCUAGCGACCCCUUGUCCAGACACGGGGAUUCUCACAUGCCCCUCACCCAGUCAGACCGAACACGAGUUCCUGUGGAAUCUGAUGUUUGUUUCCCUCACCUUUCCGACCGUCCACAGGCCUUGAUCAAUCGCCGGACACUACUUCCAACACCGGAAUCUUUAACAGAUAUGUCCAUCCUUGAUCCCUCACGUGCAUUUUCCCUUCCACGCCAUUCGCCCUCCCCAUCCACAUCCGGGGCCCCCGGAUCUAAGGUCGCGCAGAAGCCCUUGGAUACCGUUGAGCUCAACAUGAUUGCUUUGGAUGUUUUCACCCUGUUCAUUGAUGAGCUCAAGGAGAUUAUGCGGCGCGAUGUGACACGGAGGAUCGUGGAGGGUAAUGCGUUCAAGAUAUUUUCCAAUUGGUGGGACUCCAAAGAACAUGAUAUUCUCAAGGCACCACUGGAUACUUCCGGACUUCAUUCAAGCCGUUCCACAACAAACCUCAGUGACGAUACACAACAUCCCGCAUCCGAACCCGCUAUUCCUGCGGAACAACUCACUCAGACCUCCCAGAAAACAGGUGUUUUACCUUCCUCUGUCGUUGUAACCACGUCCCUUUCAACUUCUAUCACAUCCACCACACCGUGCACAUCCGUGCCCACAACCUCUGUGCAGCCCGGAUUCAACCUAUUCGGAUUCGGAUUGUUCACCGGCCUGAGGGCACCCCUGCCCAAGAUCCGGAGGAAGCCGCGACCUCCUUCUCCGGAACCUUCGCGAUCUGCCAAACACUCAGAACAACGUGGUAGGUCGGAGUCGGCGAAUGAAAGCGAGAACGAUACUCUAGAUCCCGAGCCGAGACGUCGUUCGACCGGUAGGAGGAGCAGUGCUAGUGAUACAAGCAGUACAGAUUCUGAUACCGAUGCGGAUGUGCGAGCUGUUAGUAAACAUGAUCGGGAAUGGGAGAGUCCAGGUCAGAAGAGAUCAUCACAUGAGUUGCGUAAAACAGACAAUGACCAGCUGCCUCGAAAUUCUCCAGCUAAAGCUGGACGAGCGAGACUUCACAGGCGCCAGCGGAGAUUGACCAGCGAUAGCUGUUCAAGUUUGGACCACUCUCCUGUCCGUCCCCGGACUCCCAGUUCUCGGUCGUCCUCAGCGGAAAAUUCUCGCUCCUGCGACAGAGAUGGAAACACAGAGGAUCGACAACGAAAACCGGAGACUUCACCUCAACGGAAGGAACCUUCCCGUGUAGCAGAUGUAUUUGCCUCAAGCUCGGGGUCUGAUUCCGAUGUGUCCACGCUGAGUUCCCAGAAGCGUUCAGUGAUCGAAAAACCCAACCUUUCCAGCUCAGACGAAUCCACUGAACCUCUCAACUAUUCGUCAGAGGCGGAACAUUUGGUCAAAUCACGCUCUUUAUCUGAAGCCUCACUGAAAAGCCAACAUUCCCACCUUGGUUCCCUCUCAACAGAAGUUGGGGACAUUGAUAUGCCAGUCGUUUCUGCUCAUUCCCCUGUACAUCAUGAAUGGACGAAACCAUCACCACACCACCGCUCAAGUGACAUCAGUGAACUGGAUACUUCCCUGUCUUCGGCUGAUGAACCGACUCCAGCUACAUCUAGUAAAAUCGGUCCUAGUUCAGGCAGGCGCCGUGGUCGUCCACCACGCACAACAGUUGUAUCUAGUGCACUUCGAGGACGUGGAAGGUCGCGCAAGGCCGAAUCGGAACAUUCGACUUUGUUAUCCCCUGUCCGAAAGUACGAGGGAGUGUACAGUCGUUUUUUCCCUGCGAGACAACCUUCCGAGUCUGACAGUUCACCUGACCGUGGCACAUCCACAGAUGAAGGUAGUCAAUUAGCCGAACCUUCGAGAUACCCAAUGUCCGCAUCUCGUCCUGACAACUGGUCCACGCUCCGUGCAUCUUUGCAUUCACCGUGUGAACGCGAUGCACAGUCUGGCUUUCCAUUAAGCUAUUCGCGACGGAAGCAGAGCCUCUCGGACCUUCGAGGACCCCGUGAAAGUCUCCCCGUAAACAAUACAAAUGCAUUCUCAAAAUCGCACAUGGAUCGGUUACAUCCCGACAAGGAUUACACACCUCUGGUUGAUCGUCCCCACGGAACUGUGACUGUGGGUGUCCGCCGUGUCGAGAUUCGUUAUUUCCGAUCAGUCGUUGAUACAAUUACAUCUGCUGCAUUGAAGCCCGACCACGAACGGCAUGGCCAACCAAGAGAUUCUCUAAAGCAUUUGAAAAAUUCUUUGCUGUCACCCAUGGACCACUGGAAGGACACAAUGCGAUUCUCUCGACACGACGGCGAUGAAACGGAUAGCGCGUCAAACGACUCAAUUGAAGUUGUUGAUACCGUUCGGAAACCAUAUUCCUGGCCAGAAGUGCUUUUACUGGAGCACAAUUACUUUCAUCUGCCACCUGUCGGAAGUACCAUAAAGUACCGUUCACGGAUAUCGUUGAAGAUUGUCCCCGACUCUGUGCAGUCGGUCACUAAGAGCGAUGAUUCUGAACGUUCGCGAUCCUCGUUGGUGGAUCGUAGCCGUAAGCGUCCAUUGCAGUCGAACGAUCAUUCAAAUCGUAUGACUGCAGAUGCUGAUGAAAUGGACUCUGACUCCACCUGGUUCCGAAACAAAAAGCAAGCUUUGAUGUCCCCCGUGAAUCACCAAAAUAUGGACUUGGAGUCGGCGCAGUUCCUUCCCGAGGAUGAGCACAUUCCUAAACAACAGUACUUCAAGCCUGAUCGAGAGAUAACUCGGUACAUGGAACCAAAAGUUCGGAUUCGUGGCAACCGUGAGUUGGCCAGCUUGUUCACUCCGGUCGUGAAAGCCGAUCUGGAACGUGAAAAUCUGGCAACUCCGUCAAAAAGGCCAACAAACUUGCUAUCUUCUGACGAGGUUAAACCUGAAACUCCAACCUUCAGUCCCCGUUCCCCAGAGGAGGAAGAAUAUAUUUUGCGUUCCAUACUUCUCCGUGGUGCGGACCCGGAAGAUAUCAUGUUCUUCCAGAUGGUGUGUGAACACUCGCUCAACUGCUCACCCAGUUCUUGGUGUACUUGGUGUAAAACUCCCAAAUACUCUGCGUACCUACAAGGAUCGCAAAAGCUGACGCCUUCGUUGGGCAAUUUCCGUUGGGUCGACCACCCUCCCACACUUAUCCCUGAUCCCUUCGAAAUCCCAACUUAUCUUUCCCAUAAUGGUCUCCUUAUUCGUUUCCCGGAGGAACCUAGUUGCGACAGUGCCAGAACUUCUGGCAGGAUUUUGCGUUCCAUACUUCUCCGUGGUGCGGACCCGGAAGAUAUCAUGUUCUUCCAGAUGGUGUGUGAACACUCGCUCAACUGCUCACCCAGUUCUUGGUGUACUUGGUGUAAAACUCCCAAAUACUCUGCGUACCUACAAGGAUCGCAAAAGCUGACGCCUUCGUUGGGCAAUUUCCGUUGGGUCGACCACCCUCCCACACUUAUCCCUGAUCCCUUCGAAAUCCCAACUUAUCUUUCCCAUAAUGGUCUCCUUAUUCGUUUCCCGGAGGAACCUAGUUGCGACAGUGCCAGAACUUCUGGCAGGGUAGGUGGGCUCAAACGAUUAAAAGAGUCACCCACCAAAUCGUCCAGAUGUAUGCGACUGGCAUCCUUCAGCUCUUCGCAUCCUGACAGUGUCGUGAGGAAUGUAACUCGUGAUCUGUUCGGCUCGGAUAGCAGCUCAUCAACCGACCUGUCUGAUCGUUCUUCUGGUCCGAAAACGGAGCCCCCUGCUACUCAGUCAGCUAACAGCGCGCCCUUAGCCACCUCAAUCAAAGUGAAUAAUAUCCAAGACAAGAAACUCGUUCGCGUAGAUCCCGUUCCACCACAAAGUUGGCUUAAGUUCGACCGCCUUCUCUUUGCUGUCGCUGCAUUCACCUCAUCUCUAAGAUUUUCCGGGCUACCAUCGGAUGUCCAGUUAGAUAAUAUCGACAUUCACUUGGGCCCAGCAGCAUCCUUGCCACCGAUCCAUUCUUCCGGUUGCGCUCGCACUCAGGGGUUCUAUUGGAUGCCUACGGAAGAACGGUUUCGUAGGGCAUGGUCUGUUGGACGCAGUCUGAUCGCGGAAGAUGGUCGCCGACGUCCAAUUCCUUUAAUGCCUGCCACGGUUGAAGCUCAGCUUGGUGUGAAUGCAGUCAUUCAAGCCAUCGGCGGUAGCAUCGAAGACCGGCUGACGGAGCAGGCUUCGGAGGCAAAGAAGAAACAGUUGACGCAGUUCCGGGAGGCUCGUUCAGCCCAAAGGCGAUUGCUCGCCCAGUUUCAAGAUAUUGAAACCGGUGAUCUGUUGAAAUUCAAUCAACUCAAGUUCAGGAAAAAACAGCUUAUUUUUGCGAAAUCGCCCAUUCAUGCCUGGGGUCUGAUCGCUCUAGAGCCAAUCGCCGCCGAGGAAAUGGUUAUUGAAUAUGUGGGACAGGUGGUGCGCAAAAGUGUGGCCGAAUUGCGUGAACGACAAUACGAGGCCAAAGGAAUUGGUGGCUCGUACUUAUUUCGCAUCGAUGAUGACUUCGUUAUCGAUGCAACAAUGUGCGGUAACAACGGAAGGUUUAUAAACCACAGUUGUCAGCCAAAUUGCUAUGCAAAGAUAAUCACAGUGGAGGGUAAGAAAAAGAUCGUCAUCUACUCCAAACGCGAUAUCAAUGUCAUGGAAGAGAUCACCUACGACUACAAGUUUCCAUAUGAAGAAGAAAAGAUUCCUUGCCAGUGUGGCGCUUCUACUUGUCGUGGUACACUGAAUUAAUCGCUGAAUUAUCCUGCAUUGGUCCUCCCAACAAUCCUUGAGUGCUUUUCGAUCGCACUUACACACUCCCUAUGUGCGUAUGAACCACUCCUGUACAUUGCUCCUUCUCGGCCACUUAAUUACCAUUUCCAACACUUGAGCCUGACCUCAAGAAAAAUAUGCUUGUACAGGUCUCUUUCUACCUUCUAUCUCACCGUGCGUUUUCGCGGUCAGUCAGUCAGAUUUCCGUAGAACUCUUCAGGUUUUUCGCCAACUAAAUGUGACCCAACCCCAAAGGCAGCCUGCUGUGCGUUAGCACGUCACUAACUGUUGUUGGCCGGCUGUGUUUCUCUCUUGCCUGGGUGUGGGUUGCUGAAAACGGUACUGCCGUACCGAACCCUUGUACGAUUUGUGCUUCCUCUGGUAUGUUAUCCCACUGUUUUCAAACUCGACACUCCGAGGCGAUCAAAUGUGAUUUUCCCGUUUUUUAAACCGAGUCAAUAAACGUAUUUUGUCCACUUGCC